UGUUUAUGUAAUUAGGCGUCUUGUCUAUAAAGAUUUAAUGGUGGAGGAAGGCCGUAGGUGCCUUCACCAACACCGUCAUACAUUAUUUCAGACACGAUCAGCAUCUGAUUAGGACCACCGACUGCUUGUUCAUCAGCUGUUUCGUAAGAUUUCAUUUACAAACUUCCUAUGCCAAUAUGUUUUUACUUCAGUCCACAAAGACAGAAAACUAAUGGUGUAUAUGAUUAUUUUACCUAUGGAGUGGCAUGUUCGGAGGUAGAGAUUGAUGUGCUUACAGGAGAAAGCCAAGUACUUCAAUCGAAUUUGUAUGUUGAUUGCGGUAAAAGUUUAAACCCUGCAGUUGACAUCGGACAGAUUGAAGGCGCGUUUGUGCAGGGAUUAGGUAUGGUUACCUCGGAGAAUAUGGAGAUAGAUGAAAAGGGUCGUCUGAACACCUGCAGUCCACUCGGGUACAAAAUACCUAAUAUAAAAAGUAUUCCAAGAAAGUUUGUUGUCAAAUUGCUGAAAAAUCACGAUAUAGUUACAAAUAUCUAUUCUUCAAAGUCAGUUGGAGAGCCGCCAUUUAUAUUGUCAUUGUCAGUCCUUGCUGCAAUAAAGGCAGCAAUACAAUCUGCGCGUGCGCAGAUCGGUAUAACUGGAUACUUCAGGCUUGAUUGCCCAGCAACAGUACAGAGAAUUCAGGAAGCUUGCGGUCAACAAAUUAAGUUAUAACUGAAGAGAAACAUGUUGUUGGAUUUAUGAAUUGAUUCAUUUGGAUAUAUGUUUGAAUGACGAUAUGAAUGAGAUAGUAACAAUAUUAUAUUCACGAAAAUAGUCUAACAGAUAUCUUAUAAUAUUGUCAUGUGUACAAUUAUAAUUUUAAUGAUCAGCCAGAAUAUUUCAGUUUCAUUUUCUC